UCCAUGUUUUGGUAGCGAAACAAUGUUUUGACCGUGUAACCUCUUCUCGCAAUAAAGGUUGCCAGGAAAGUAACGAGUACAACUGGCUUUGGGAGUCUCCUAGAUGUCGGUGCAGCGGUGGAAUGUUGUCCUGCGGGGCUCACGGAGAACCUUCUCGACCGCCCCAGGCACUCCGCCACCCCAGACGAAGACGAAAUUCGGUCCCUUAAAGGAUGAAGACCGCAUUUUCCAGAAUUUGUACGGCCGGCAUGACUGGAGGCUUAAGGGGGCUAUGUCUCGUGGAGAUUGGUAUAAGACAAAAGAAAUCAUUGAUAAAGGAGCAGAAUGGAUCAUUAACGAGGUGAAGACAUCGGGUCUUCGUGGUCGGGGCGGAGCUGGUUUCCCCUCUGGCCUCAAAUGGAGCUUUAUGAACAAACCUUCGGAUGGUCGACCUAAGUAUCUGGUCGUAAAUGCCGAUGAAGGUGAACCCGGUACAUGUAAGGAUCGCGAAAUUAUGCGACAUGAUCCGCACACACUCGUCGAAGGGUGCCUCAUCGCCGGCAGGGCAAUGGGUGCCCGUGCAGCAUACAUCUACAUUCGUGGAGAGUUCUACAAUGAAGCCUCCAACCUUCAAAUUGCUAUUAAGGAGGCCUACGCUGCCGGUUUAAUUGGCAGAAAUGCUUGCAAUAGUGGAUACGACUUCGAUGUGUUUGUCCACCGGGGAGCUGGCGCGUACAUCUGUGGAGAAGAAACCGCUUUAAUCGAAUCGAUUGAAGGCAAGCAGGGCAAACCACGUUUAAAGCCGCCAUUCCCAGCCGAUGUGGGCGUCUUCGGAUGUCCCACGACCGUCACAAACGUGGAGACUGUUGCUGUGUCACCGACAAUCUGUCGCCGUGGUGGAGCGUGGUUUGCAUCAUUUGGCCGUACACGAAACAGCGGCACAAAGCUCUUCAACAUUUCCGGUCACGUCAAUAACCCCUGCACGGUCGAAGAAGAAAUGAGUAUUCCGCUUAAGGAGCUUAUCGAAAUUCACUCUGGCGGUGUCAUUGGAGGAUGGGAUAACCUGCUGUGCGUGAUUCCGGGUGGCUCAUCCACACCUGUGAUACCCAAGAAUAUCUGUGAUGAUGUCCUUAUGGAUUUCGACGCGCUUGUUGCCGCACAAACGGGUUUGGGUACGGCGGCUGUUAUUGUGAUGAAUAAACAGACCGAUAUUAUUCGGGCAAUUCAUCGACUCAUCGAGUUCUAUAAGCACGAGAGCUGUGGACAGUGUACCCCAUGUCGUGAGGGUGUUGGAUGGAUGAACAAGAUUAUGGCGCGAUUUGUUAAAGGCGAUGCUAAAUCGGAGGAGAUCGACAUGAUCUACGAAUUGUCGAAGCAGAUUGAGGGUCAUACCAUCUGUGCGUUGGGUGAUGGUGCAGCGUGGCCCGUGCAGGGUCUUAUUCGACAUUUCCGACCCAUCAUUGAAAAUAGGAUAGCGCAGUUCAAUCGCCGGUCUGCUUCUGCAAAAAACUAGAUGCACCAACUGAAAUUUUACGGCAGAAUAUCUAUGUCCUCUAGUAGUGACUUGGUUACAAACAAAACGUCAUAAUUAAUAAAUGGAUUUAUCCUAAAUUUGCUUUUUCCAGUCAAACCCAAAGCGCAUGACUCGAAAACCGAGUACAGAGUCAAAAUAAAUGAUAAAUUUCAUCUGGAAUUUGCAAAGAUUAAAGACUGAACAAUAACAUUUGUAGGUAGAAUGUAGUAAAAAGUUGUAAAAAAAGUUGGGUAUUAUCUGAAGUGGGUGGCUGUGAAACAAAAAAAUAAUAAAAAGUACAUGUAUACUACAUUUUUGGUGUUAA